ACCCUUAAAUUAAUCAAGAAUGCUUAUAAUUAUAAGGAAAAACAAGAAGACAUUGAACAACGCAUCACUGGGCAAAGAGAACUUUUCUUCCAAAGAGAGAAAGAACGCAUCCAGGAAAAAGAAAGGAUCAAAAACGCUAGAAAGCUCACUACGAUCGAUAGGAGGAAAUCUAUGUUUAUUGGAGUACCACAGCAAUCAAAUUCUUUGAACAUAAGAAAGCCAUCACUUGAGAUUAAGACAAGUACUAUAAAGGAAGAGCCUCCUCAGAUUACAGCGAAACCGAUCCUUCACAAAGGAAUUCCUGAGAACCCAACUUUCCCAUUUAUGAAGAAAGAAGGAAGAGGACUAGUAAAAAGGAAGAACAAAAAGAUAGCAGCUGAAGAGUUUGAUUUGAAAGGGGAUUUCCUCAUGUCUCUCUAAUUUUACCUAAAACCCUCGAGAAAUACAAGAACAAAUCUAGAAUCAAUAUGAAGAACUAUAGUAAUUCCAGGUCUAAGCGAGCGCUUAAUUUCAGUAAAUCUCGGAUCUCAGGAGAUCAUGGCAUAACAAGCAACUUUAGUUUAGGGGCUAAUAAUAAUUCUUUCCGAGUAGCGAACCUACCUGAAAUAAAGCUCCAAUCUUUGUCAGACAUGAGACAAGACUUCCGAAGAAAAGUGUUGAUUAGUAAAAAGGACCAUGGCAGUUUAAAAUUAUCUAGCAGUGUGAAUGUAUCCCCAAGGAUAUUUCCAGGCGUGAAUGAAUCUUGAGAAAAGUUGCGUCAGCAAUUAUAAUUACAAAUAUGGAG